GUCGCUGCGCUGCAGGUUUCCGCCCGGAGAGGUGUCCUGCGCUCCCGCGGACCGGCAACAUGGCGUGGUCUGGGAAUAAGGCAGCUGUUGUGCUGUGUAUGGAUGUGGGCUUUGCUAUGAGUAACUCCUAUCCUGGUGAAGAAUCUCCUUUUGAACAAGCAAAGAAGGUGAUAACCAUGUUUAUCCAACGACAGGUGUUUGCUGAGAGCAAGAAUGAGAUUGCUUUGGUCCUGUUUGGUACAGAUGGCACUGAGAAUGCCCUUGCUGGUGAGGACCAGUAUCAGAACAUCACAGUGCACAGACACCUGAUGCUACCAGAUUUUGAUUUGCUAGAGGACAUUGAAAGCCGAAUCCAGCCAGGUUCUCAACAAGCUGACUUCCUGGAUGCCCUGAUUGUGUGCAUGGAUGUGAUUCAGAAUGAAACUGUAGGAAAGAAGUUUGAGAAGAGGCAUAUCGAAGUGUUCACUGACCUCAGCAGCCCAUUCAGCAAAGAUCAGCUGGAUAUUAUAAUUCAUAACUUGAAGAAAUUUGGCAUCUCCCUGCAGUUCUUUUUGCCUUUCCCAAUUGGCAAGAAAGAUGGUACUGGGGACAGAGGAGAUGGCAACUUGUACUUGGACCUCCAUGGACCCUCCUUUCCUCAAAAAGGUAUUACUGAACAGCAAAAAGAAGGCAUUCAGAUGGUGAAAAAGGUGAUGAUAUCUUUAGAAGGUGAAGAUGGGCUGGAUGAAAUUUACUCCUUCCGUGAGAGUCUGAGACAACUAUGUGUCUUUAAGAAAAUUGAGAGGCGUUCCAUGCCCUGGUCCUGCCAGCUGACCAUUGGCUCCAAUUUGUCUAUAAAGAUCGUGGCCUAUAAAUCGAUUAUGCAGGAGAAAAUUAAAAAGACUUGGAUGGUUGUGGAUGCAAGAAGCCUAAAGAAAGAAGAUAUACAAAAAGAAACAGUUUAUUGCUUAAAUGAUGAUGAUGAAACUGAAGUUCCCAAAGAGGAUACUAUUCAAGGGUUCCGCUAUGGAAGUGAUAUAAUUCCUUUCUCUAAAGUGGAUGAGGAACAAAUGAAAUAUAAAUCGGAGGGGAAGUGCUUCUCUGUUUUGGGAUUUUGUAGAUCUUCUCAGGUCCAGAGAAAAUUCUUUAUGGGAAAUCAAGUUCUAAAGGUCUUUGCAGCAAAAGAUGAUGAGGCAGCAGCAGUUGCACUUUCCUCCUUGGUUCAUGCCUUGGAUGAAUUAGACAUGGUGGCUGUAGUUCGAUAUGUUUAUGACAGAAGAGCUAAUCCUCAAGUUGGUGUGGCUUUCCCUUAUAUCAAGGAUGCCUAUGAGUGCUUAGUGUACGUGCAGCUGCCUUUCAUGGAAGACUUGCGGCAAUACAUGUUUUCAUCCUUAAAAAAUAAUAAGAAAUUUACUCCCACGGAGGCACAGUUAAGUGCUGUUGAUGCUUUAAUUGACUCCAUGAGCUUGGUAAAGAAAGACAAGGAGGAAGACACUAUUGAAGACUUGUUUCCAACCACCAAGAUCCCAAAUCCUGAAUUUCAGAGAUUAUUUCAGUGUCUGCUGCACAGAGCUUUACAUCCCCAAGAGCCUCUGCCCCCAAUUCAGCAGCAUAUUUUGAAUAUGCUAGAUCCCCCCACUGAAGUGACAGCAAAAUGUCAGAUUCCUCUCUCUAAAAUAAAGACCCUUUUCCCUCUGACUGAAGCCAUCAAGAAAAAGGACCAAGUAACUGCUCAGGACAUUUUCCAAGACAACCAUGAGGAGGGUCCCACUGCUAAGAAAUGCAAGACUGAGGAAGGGGAAACCCCCUUCAGCGUCUCCAACCUGGCUGAAGGCAGUGUCACAAAGGUUGGAAGUGUGAAUCCUGCUGAAAACUUCCGUGCUCUAGUGAGACAGAAGAACGCCAGCUUUGAGGAAGCAAGUCACCAGCUAAUAAGUCACAUUGAACAGUUUUUGGAUACUAACGAAACACCGUAUUUUAUGAAGAGCAUGGACUGCAUCAAAACCUUCCGGGAAGAAGCCAUUCAGUUUUCAGAAGAACAGCACUUCAACAGUUUCCUGAAAGACCUUCGAGAGAAAGUGGAAGUUAAACGAUUAAAUCAUUUCUGGGACAUUGUUGUUCAGGAUGGAAUCACUCUGAUCACCAAAGAUGAAGCUUCUGGAAGCUCUGUCACAGCUGAGGAAGCCAAAAAGUUUCUGGCCCCCAAAGAAAAACCACAGGAAGACACAGCAGCCAUGUUUGAAGGUGGUGAUGUAGACGAUUUACUGGACAUGAUGUAGGUCAUGGAUGUUUGGGGAAUCCAAGAAAGUUACCAUCUCCAUGGUGCUUGGGACUCUAUAAACAGAACAACCUGGAGGAGGCCAUUCACGGGAACCUGAAGCUCUGGAGAUCAUUUCAGCAGGUUACUUGGAAGGAAAUUCCCCUCCAUCUCUAUGGGGCAGACACAUACAUACAUGUUGUAAGAGAUAAUUUACACUCUAUGCAUUUUAUAAAGAAGCAUUGUUAUUUUUUGAUUGGCA